GGGCAACUCCUCAGUUCGAAGUAAGCACGCGUCGCGACAGCCCGUGUCGUACGAUUUCGGUACGAUUCCGUGAAUUUUUAAUACCGAUGUUCGAACGUGCUUUUCCGACUCGAUAAAACACUUUUCCCAUAAUUUCCCUCUAACUUGCCGUUCAAUAUUUUUUGUUUAGUUAAGUGUAGGUUAUUUUAUGUUGAUGAAUCGUGUGUGGGUUUACUAACGUGGUGUCUUGAGUUCUUGAAGUGUAUAAGAGAAGAGAUUUUCAGGCGGACGUAGUGAAAGUUAUUCAUCAGGGAGAAGCGGCAUGGCAUGAGCGGCCGCGUGGGCGCGACAUGCGGCGAGCGCCGCUCGCGCAGCCCGCCGCCGUCGCUCUUGCGCUCUCCGUGCUGCUGCGGUUCGUUGAUGCCGGUUCAAUGGGUCCAGGCGUGCCCGAGAAUAUAACUGUGACCUUCUUGAAUCCAACCACGGUGCGCGUCUCGUGGUCAACCACGGCGGACUUGGUCGAGAAGUAUGACGUCACGUACAAGCCUUCAGACGCUAGUUACAGAGUGGUGCUGGAGGUGGCUGGCAACUCGGACGCAGUGAUCCUUAGCGGGUUAGAAGCAGAUACGCAGUAUCAAGUCACUGUAGCCGCUCUUUGGGGCGGCCACAAGUAUAGAAGCAGGCCUAUUGUCUUCCGCACGCUGGAGCCCCCACGGACUUCGCCACAGCAGGACGGGGGGUUGGGAACACCCCGCUCCACCGUGUCGCCGCCCGAGCCGUCGCCCACAUUUCCAACGAUACGGGGCGUGGAGAUUGGAAUAGUCGUUCUAGUGUUAAUAGUCUGGAUCGGUGCCAUUGCUCUAUUCUUCAAUAGAUGGGGCAAGAUCCGGAUGUUGCUACCGUACCAGCCCGAUUACAAACAAGAACAGCUAAAGGUGCCAGGAAGCAGCGCUUUAGCUGCUGCGACAGCGGGAGGGACUUGUGGAGCACAUUCAGCGCCUUCCGCUUGUUCGGAUAUUGGAAACCAUUCUGAUCACAUGCGUUGGUCACACACGCACACACAAAGCCUGGAGUGCGAGGAGCAUCUACUAGCGAGGUGUAGUAACCGGCCGAGGGUGAAUUCCGCCAUCUUCGUGUCCGCCGAGCCAACUGGUUUCGCGGGCUUUGAUCCGAGUGAAUUCCUCAGGAGGCACGGAUCGCAAUCGCAGCUGUGUCGUAAAGCCAGGUCAGCAGACAACAUACCUCUGACAACGAUGAGUGAUUCAUCAGAACGGCUGUGCACAGUCAAAGCACCUCGAGAGGAGACGAUCAACGAAGAAGGGUGCAAAUCAGAUGACAGUGGUAGUGUUGAGACGGUAAAGCACUUCGGUCUACCGAUCCUCUCCGUAUCCGGACCCUCGCCCCCGGACGAGGACUACGACCAAAUAGAUGAGUACCUGUAGCAUUUCCAUACCGGUUUCCAGCUGAAAUACGUGCUGGAAAAGAUGCGGCCGCCUUGGCCGAGUCCUGCACAAAGUCCCUAAGAAAUAGACUUAUCUACAAGAAGUAUAAACUAUCGCACUGAUCUCUGUAAACUAUUACAAACUUGCGUUAUUCUCUCGUGUAUAUUGUGUGUGAAAAGUGUUUUGUGAUUGCAUAUAUAUGCUACAACGAAUUUUUAAAGACUCUCGGCUGAUCUAUCGCUAUUUCAAGUGUGUCUUGAUGAGGGACCAUGGACAUUUUCGUCGUGUUUUGUCAAAUAUUCAACUGAUUUUUAACUCGAAAUUCAGUAAACGAAGGUCUGAGCCGAUAAGACAUUAAAAAGCAAAUCAGCUCAUUGGAACUUGGUGAAAGUUUGUAGAGUUGUAGUUGGUAGUGUCUUGAACAACUUAUUAAAAGUCUUUGAGGUAGCAUUACUUAGGUUAAUAUGUGAUAUCAGGUGAAAGAAGUUAUAGAUGUACUCCUUGACUGAGAUGUUUCUUAGGGUAUAGUGCGAGUUAUAGAAGGAUGACAGCAACGUAGCUUUGCUUGAUUUACGGCAACUGUCACCCUUGCCAUAGCUAUAGUUGUUACUUUUUCAGUUUUACUCAAAAAUCUCAAAAAUAAUUUAGAACGAUAAUAAACUAAAUUUGUAUACAAAAAACCUUUUUCACUUCAAUUAAAAAAAGGUAAGUGGGCUGACCCACAGGUCGCGGUCGCAUCUUACUGUUUCAUUUCCUCGCAAUGGAAGUGAAACGCAGAGUGUACGAGUAUAACUCGCCUUCGGCUCGGGUACAUAAACGUGUCUGAUAAAACGGCUUGUUUAUGCCCCUGUGGUAGAGCUUGUCUAUUUUAAAAUGACGCGUCCCACCACCGCAAUUUACACAUCUAAGUGAACAAAAUUAUGUAGUGGGGCGCGUCAUUUCAAAAUAGACAAGCUCUACAAUCUAUUAUUUUGCAUCAUUCUUAUUAGGUGGUUUAGUUUCAAAGUACUAGCAGUGUUUAACUGAAAUCUAUAUUUUAGAAAAGAGGGCCAUACAUUUUGUCUCCCCAUCUCUUGAGAUUUCAAGUGAGUAUAUUGUUCUGGACACUCCCUUCCGUGACUUUGCCUAACGUACAUAUUAUAUAAAUUUAAUUUGGCAUAUUUAGGCACUCCUUCGUUUACUGACUUAUACAUCUGUCUCUAUUGAGUGUUUAGAUAAAUAAUAUCGAAAUUCGGUAAUCUAAUUUUAAUCUAAUUAUCACAUAAUAUAGAUUGUAAGGGACUGCACAAUAUAUUUAAAAAGAUUUAUCGAAAUUUAACUGUGCCACUUUAAAUAUUACCCUAUUUUAUGAAUUAACCAAUGUCUAUGAUAGUAUUUUUCCUAAGCAAUCUAUAUGUAAGUUUAAUGAGCUUUGGUAUUGUAAACCUUAACAAAAUUACUUUAUGCACUGUACAUAGGACGGAUUUUUUGAUCUUUAGCAUACAUUUAUUUUAUUGUAAUUUAUUGUAAAUAUUAUCUGAAUGUU